AUGGCUCAGUCAGCGCCAUGGUUCUGCGGCGGCGUCCUCAUUACCGACCGACAAGUGCUCACGGCCGCCCACUGCAUGCGGCCCGAGCAGGCCGCCACCGUGGUUGCCCGCAUCGGCGAUCAUUAUCUCACCACCUUCGAUGACGUCCAUCAUCAGGAGCGUAACAUCACCAGGAUCGUGCGGCACCCGCAGUAUCACGCCUCGCAGAACGACCUGGCGGUGGUGCGGCUGCAGUCGCCGGUGCAGCUGACGAACGCCGAGGUGCCGCUGCGCGUGGUCGACGAGGACGCCUGUGAAGACGCCUACCGCCAGGCGCCCGCGUUCAACAUGACAUUUCCCGGUGGUUUUCAGGGCACCAAGAUCUGUGCGGGCAGCCGCGACGACAAGCCACGGGACGCGUGUCGGGGAGACUCGGGGGGUCCGCUGAUGGUCCAGCUUGCCGACGGCUCCUACCAGCUCACUGGUAUCGUCUCCACCGGCGUUGGCUGUAGAAACCCUGAAUUUCACGGCAUCUACACCAAGGUGUCCUCCUACAUCGACCGGAUCCUCGGCUGGCGGCUGCGGCUUACGCCCGUCUUCGCCAGCUGGGGCUCAGGCGAGUUCGGCUACUACGGCGCCACCGAACUGGUGGAGGAAUACAUCCACCUGAUCGGCGGCAGGACGGUGGCCUAUCUCAACGUCGACCUGGCCAUCAUCUACACCUACAACCUGAUGGUGGUCGCCAGCCCGCUCAUGCACCACGUCACAGUGGAGGCCGCCAGACGGGCCAGUUGA